AACAACAAUAUUCUGUAUCCCAUUUCCCAAGGACAGAGAUACAAAAAUUGUGCAGUAAAUUACACUAACCAAAUUUAUUGAUUCAUUUAAUUUAGUGAAGUGUGUAUUCAACUACCAAUAAGAAAUUGUAAAUGAUUCCCAAUCAGAAAUAGAUUGAAUAAUACAUUAUUUUUCAUUGAUAUUGAAGUAAAACAAAAUGUACUUUUUUUUCUAAAACAAAAUUUGCUUCACUUUUAUUAACACAAUAUGAUUCGAAAAUGUUUCACUAAACUAUAAAUGAAUUCAGUGAAAAUUUCAUAAUUUACUUUUUACACCGUUUUUUUUAUUUAUCUGAUAAGAAAAAUAAUACUAAAAAAUUUCGUCCUUAUUUCAUUCUUCAUCAAUUGAUAACAAUUUCGUUUAUACGAAGGUGAUUCAUCGAUUAUUCAAUUUUUUAAAUCAAAAAAAUUCUUUUUUUUGGUGAAGAUUGUUUUCUUAUGAAAGAUAAAGUGUAAACAUCUAAAAGAAGAAAAGAUUUUUCUUGUUCAACAUUUUGAGAAAAAGAAACUUUCUUUUAAUCAACAUUCAUGUCACAAUGACUUGGUUUUUUGUUUUUUCUUUUGAAAUUACACUUUCGAACAGUUAGAUUUAAUAAACAGUGACAAGAUACCUUUUUUUGAACAAAAUUCACUGGAAAGUUUAUGAUUUAAGUUGAUUGAAAAUUCAAAAAAAAACAAAUAUGCCAGGAGAUAAUCAACAACAAAGUGCAUACAAAUAUCGAAAUACCCGUUAUGGAAUUCAUCAUGAUGAGGCUGGGGCUAAUGUUAAAUCAUCUUCACCUAAACAAUGUGAAGAUUUUUUAGCUGAAAAUCUACCAAGAAUUGAUACAGCUCGUUUAGCGAAUGAUCCAUUUUUAGGUACAGUAGCCGGUCGAUUAGCUCAAGAAAUACAUGACGAGUUUCUUGUUUGUAAAAUAUGCUUCGAUAGUUAUACAAAUCCAAAAUGUCUUGCGUGUUUGCAUACAUUCUGUGCAAAAUGUAUUGAAAAGCAUAUAUCAGCUGAAGUUACUUAUAAUAAGUAUACAGAUUAUCGCGAUUUCACUUGCCCAUUAUGUCGAAAACGUACACAACUUCCAUUAGGUGGUGUUAAACGAUUACCAGAUAAUUUUCUAAUUUCUGGUCUAACUGAUUUAGUACUACGACAAAGAGCAUCAUCGAAUGGUUCAUCAACAGCUACAAUUGUUGGUAGUCCGACUACUUGUAGAAUUAACAGUAGAAUAGAAAAUAGUAGACAAGUAUCAACCACUGUUAACGAAAGUAUUGAUUCAUUACAUCAGUUGCCAAAUUUGGAAAGGAAGCAAUUACGUUAUGGAGAAUGUGAAAUUUGUUCACAAGUAAGUCGAAUUGAUAGAGGACAUUCAAGUGAACCAUUGAAUAAAACAAAUUCAUCAGAAAUCAAUAGCCUAACUAAUACUAAUGACAAUUAUAACGGUAGUACUCAACAACGCGCUAGUUCAGCUUGUUUAAAUAUUUCACCAAAAGCAACAUCGAAAUGUUUAGAUUGUAAUAAACUUCUAUGUGAUGAGUGUGUUCAACGACAUAGAAAUACUAAAGUUACUAAAGAUCAUGCAACAUUUGAGUUACAAUCACAUAGUGAUAUUGAAUGUAAAGAUCAUCCAGGUGAAACUGUACGAUUUUAUUGUGAAGCUUGUUCAAUGUGUAUAUGUGUUCUAUGCACAUUUAAUGCACAUCGUGAACAUGAAGUAACAAGUUUUGGUGAAGCUGUUGCAAAAUUACGACAUGAAAUAAGUAGAAAUUUAGAUACUACAUGUCAACGUAUUGGAAAAGUUCAAUCCCAGUUACAUAACGUCCGAGAUGCUGCUAAUAUCAUACAUAGAAUUGAACAAAGAAUUCAUGAUACUGCAGAACAUUUCAUGGAAGAAAUUCAACGACAAGAACAAGAAUUGAUUAGUGAACUACAUCAAUUUGUUGGUGAACGUAAUAUGCAUCAUAUACAAAAUCAACCAGAUCAAGAACAAAAUAUUGAAAUUGCUGAAAGUCUAUUUAAAGAUAUUGCCAAUUCAUUAGAUAAUCAAGAUAUGGAAUUAUUAUUAAUUCGAUCAAAUCUAUAUGAAAAAAUUAAUGAAUUAAAUCAUUUAGAAUUAAUUACAGAUAAAUUUGAUGCGAUUAAAUUGGAAAUAUAUUUUCGAACUGGAGCUGUCAAUCUAGGCUAUUUAACAAAUGAAUCAACAAUGAAUAAUAUACAUCAUCACGCAGACGAUGAUGAUGAAGAUGAUGACGAAAAUUAUGAAGAUUUAUCUAUGCCUCUAGAAUGUAGUUCAUCUUCGACCGGUUCUAAUACAUCGUCAUCCAUAGAAUUGGCUAACAGACCAUGCAUAAAUUCAACAGCUUGUCAAACAGAUAUAAGCUUAACAGAUCCAAACGAUCAAUGUAAUUUAACUGUUCAACAGGUUCAACUACCAACUAAGCAGUGCCGUACACGAGCAUGCAAUACAGAGUUAAUAUCGAUGAUAAAUCAAGAAACAAAUACACGUCCACGUGGUAUUCAUACAAUAAUCACAUUUUCAGAUAUUUCUUCAAAUGCAGCGUCGGAAGAAUUUUUAGCUAAACUUGAUAAAGAAACAAUAAAUUUUAAUGAGAUGGAUAAUCUAACUAGAGCAAGGAUACGUCGUAAACUUCAUGAACGUUUUAAUACAGUUGAUCAGAUUUCAAACGGUGGUAAUAGUAACGGUAUUUUGUGUAAUGCGCCACAUACAUCAUUGCAUAUUGGAUCAAAUGGAACAUCGCCAGCCUCAAUAACUCAGCCAACAAAUGUCAAUAACAAUACUACAUAUAAUCAUAACGAUGUUCAUUCAAGACGUUAUAGCUCUUAUGACAAACGUUUUCAUUUCUAAAUACGAUUUCUCUUAUUUGAAAUAUGCAUCCACGUUUCGGUGUUUUAAUAUUUCCUUAUUUAAAGUUUCAUUAAAUUCAUGGACACUUGUAAACAAGUGACAAUAAAUUAUAACCUAGUACACUGUUUUAUGACUAUUUUAUUCUGUACUUAUUACGUUAGGAAAUUAUGAGAUAUUUUUAAAUAUUUGUUUCCAUAACAACUUUAAAGCAAAGAAAUUUAUUCCACAC